AUGAGUUCAAGAUGGAGACAAACUAAGAUUCUUUUAAGAAAGAAUUUUAUUUUAUUGAGAAGAGGAUAUAGAAGUACUAUUAUGCAAAUUUUAGUACCAUUUUUAUUUGUUUUCUUUUUAUGGAUUUUACAAUUUGGUAUAAAAGCAAAUAAUAAAAAUGAUGCUUCAACUUUAGUUUUUAGAAACCCAGAUCCAGAAAUAAUUUCAUCACCACCAAGAUGUUAUAUAGGUGAAGAUAAGGAUAGUUGCUAUACUUUGACGUAUGUAAGUGAUAAUCCAACUGGUGAUUGGGUAGUUCAACAGAUUUCCAGUAAAUAUGCGAUUCCUCAAGCAGAGAUUAGAAAAUUCGAUAGCGUUCAGAAUAUGAAUGGUUACAUCGAUGCCAACCAUAAUAUGACAACUGCCAGUUUAGUUUUCUUGACCGAUCCAAUCACCAAUAUCAUUCAUUAUGCAGUUCAGUACAACAAGACUACCGAGUAUUCAAAGCAAAAGGAAAUUAAAAAGGGUACCUAUAUUGAGUUGCCAUGGAUCAAUGCAGUGGAACAACAGUUACAGUCCAACUUUUCCAAUGGACAAAAGAGCUACGCUAUCGAUUUCGUACAAUUUCCACAUCCCGAGUUGGUAGUUGAGGAUAUCAUCAAGGAUAUGGGUCCAAUCUUUUUCUUUGCAGCACUGAUGUUCAACGUAGUCAUUCAGUUGGGUCAAAUCGUUUUAGAGAAGGAGUUAAAACUUCGUGAGGGAAUGAAUAUGAUGGGUCUCAAGGAUUCCGUCUAUUGGUUCACAUGGACCGUCACAAACAUCCUCGUCAACGUUAUCUCUUGUUUCGUUUUGGUAGCAGCUGGAUAUAUAUUCCAAUUCGAUUUCUUUAAAAAGAAUAACUUUGGUACUUUCUUUGUUUUAUUCUUAUUGUUUGGUAUUUCCAUGGUUACUUUUGUAUUCUUUUUAAGUACAUUAAUUAAAAGAGCUGAUAUUGCAACAUCAAUUGGAUUUGUUAUUUUCUUGAUUGGUAUUAUUAUUCAAGGAUUUGCAUCGGUUGCAUUCCAAGAGGAUUUCUAUGUUGCAGUUAGAGUGAUUCUAUCAUUCUUGCCGUUUGCUUUGCUGUCCAAAGGUAUAUCUGAUCUUUCAGAUACAAGUGGUGGUUCAACAUCGGGUGGUAUGAAAUGGAGUGAUAUCGAUAAGGGAUUCUUUUCGUUAAAGACCAACUAUUCAUGGAUGAUCAUCGAUUUCUUCUUUUACUUUUUGUUGGCACUCUAUUUGGACAAUGUACUGCCAUCGCUAUACGGUACUUCCAAGGGACCUUUCUUCUUUUUGAAGCCAUCCUACUGGGUAUGGAAACCAUCGAAACCAAAGGUUGAGAAGAAGAACAAAAAGAAUGAACAAACAGAGGAUCACAAUGAAGAUGAGGAUAUCGUAAGAGAACGUGAGAACGUUUUGAAUGACAAUUUGCCAGAGGAUACCGCCGUAAAGUUUAUAAAUCUUCGUAAGGUCUACACUUCAUCGUCGGGUUGUUGUGGAUGCACAAAGAAGCAGUUUGUUGCAGUCAAAGGAACUUGUCUAUCGAUUGGAAACGGUCAACUCUUUGUACUCCUCGGACACAACGGUGCCGGUAAGACAACAACAUUCAAUAUGAUGACCGGUCUUUUCUCACCAUCGUCCGGUGAUGCUUUUGUAUUUGGUAAUUCGAUUGUACACAACAUGCCAGCCAUCCGUAAGGAUAUGGGUGUUUGUCCACAACACGAUAUUCUCUGGUCGGAACUCACUGGACGUGAGCAUCUCGAGAUCUACGCUGCUUUCAAGGGUAUUCCAGAGGACAGAAUCGCCGCUGAAGUCGAAGAGCGUCUCAAGGAUGUAGAGUUGGGUGCAGCUGCUAAUCUUCCAACCGGAAAGUACAGUGGUGGUAUGAGAAGAAGAUUGUCUACGGCUAUCGCUUUGAUUGCCGAUCCAAAGAUUGUAUAUCUCGACGAACCAACCACCGGUAUGGAUCCAGUAUCGAGACGUCAAGUUUGGAAUCUCAUUGAGAAGGUAAAGAAGGGUCGUGUCAUCAUUCUCACCACUCACAGUAUGGAAGAAGCCGACGUUCUCGGUGAUCGUAUCGCCAUCAUGAAGAAAGGAAAACUAGUGUGUCUCGGUACAUCUCUGAGAUUGAAGAAUAAGUUUGGUGCAGGAUAUCGUUUGGUUGCAUUGAUCGACCCAACCAAGAUGAACGCUGCCGACGACGUUAUCAAGUUCUUUGAAAUGCAUCUUUCGAUACGACCAAUCGUUCAAAGCAUUGGAUCACUCGAAUACAACGUUCCAAGAGAACAACUAAACGGUUUAAUGUCAUUUUUCGAAAAAUUAGAACAUGCCAGAUCAAUGUUACCAAUCAUUGAUGUUCAAAUUAGUAUGACAACACUUGAAGAGGUAUUCCUUACAAUUGCUGGUCAUGAUGAAUAA